AUGAAUGCGAGGUUGGCUCUGGUGAUGAAGAGUGGCAAGUAUGUGCUCGGAUAUAACCAGACGCUAAAGGUUUUGAGGAACGGCAAGGCGAAGCUGAUUGUUUUGGCUAACAACACUCCACCACUUAGGAAAAGUGAGAUCGAGUACUAUGCGAUGCUCGCAAAGACCGGCGUCCAUCACUACAGCGGCAACAACAUUGAAUUGGGCACCGCGUGUGGCAAGUACUUUCGCGUGUGCACGCUAGGCAUCACCGACCCAGGCAAUUCGGACAUUAUUCGCAGCAUGCCGGGUGGGACGGAACCGUGA